AUGUCCUACAUACCUCUACCGACACCGCAAAUUGAUCAAAUUGCUAGCAUAAAGUUUUCACCGCUCGAUGACCAGCUUCUCCUCUCAUCUUUCGACGGUUCUGUUCUUCUAUAUCGGUGCCAAACUCCAGGUGGACAAAUCGUGCCCAAACUUAUGUCCAAGUUUCAUACGGAUGCUGCAGUCACUAGCUCAGUAUUCUUGCCGUCUCGAUCCACCUUUGUUGGCCUACUCGACGGUACUGUCCGUCAGAUUGACUUUGAAAACAUGAAGUUAACCUCACCGAUAGAUGGAGACCCCAAAACGACCAUUAACGACACAAGCAGUAUUUCCCAAGCACUAAAUCACUUAGCUGCUGUCCCUGGCCAAGACAGUCUCGUUAUAGCCAGCACUUAUGCGGGAAACUUGAAGUAUCUUGAUGUGCGGACUCAUAGACCAGUUUUCCAACAUAAAACAAGCAAGAUUUUUGCCCUAGACACCACGGCGAGGUACGUGACGUUGGGCCAGGCGUCCCAGCUGGUCCAGAUAUACGAUGUUCGCAAAUGGAACUUGCCAUGUCAAACCAGAACGAGUGGCCUCAAGUACCAAAUCACGGCACUUCGAAACUUUCCGUCUGGAGAAGGCUACGUAUUGAGUUCCUUAGAUGGAAGGGUUUCUGUUGAAUACUACGACGAGCUGCCAGAAGUGCAACAGCUCAAGUUUGCGUUCAAGUGCCAUCGCCAUAAAGAUAAACUGUCAGGCACUGAUUCAGUAUACCCCGUGACUACGCUACGAUUUCAUAAGCAAACAAACACGCUAUUCACCGGAGGCGCAGAUGGACACGUCUGUUUGUGGGAUUGGCAGCGGCGCAAACGUACUAAGCAGUUUGUAGCGGUGGAUGGUGCUAUUAGUCAUAUGGACAUUAACCAUGAUGAGUCCAUGUUAGUGGUGGGCACGACAGACGAUCUGUACUUGCGAGCUCGGGACUAUAAUGUUGAUGUAGAUUCCAAGAGGAGCAUGGUGCAUUUGAGGAGAUUAGAGGGAAGAGAAUGGACGAAGAGAUGA